CUCUCUGUCACAGGUCUCUUUGAAGGCCUCUUCUUAACAAGAAGAGUUGGGAACAAGAGACACAGAGAGAGAAAGAAAGAGGGAAUUCUGUUCCAUUUGACAGUGGCUUACUGUUUGCAUGAAAGCUUGUUGGAGAAUUGAGAGGAGCUCUUUCUGAAGCUGCUAUUCAUCAAGCAAUGAACCACUAUGUUCCUGACUGGGCCAUGGAUGACGACUCUGGCUGCUUGACAGAUCUCCUUCCCAUGACAAAUCAGAAGAAACCAAUGGGACCCGAUAACGAGCUCAUAGAGCUGCUAUGGAGGAAUGGACAUGUCGUCAUGCACAGCCAGAGUCACCGGAGACCUCCCGCCAACGUCGAUGAGCUUAAACAAGCUCAGAAACCCGAUCAAGUGCAGAAGCACGAGCAGCAGCCGCUUGGGGGUUCCGGCAACCUGAUGCAAGAUGCUGACACUGGCUCGUGGUUCCAGUACCCUCUCGAUGACUCCUUCGAAAAGGAGUUCUGUUCCGAGUUCUUCCCUGAGAUCACAGGCGGCGCAGAUGCAGCUGCUGAUUCCGAUAAGAUCAGCAAAGACUUGGUUGCAGAAGAAGACAGGUUGGUAAGAUUCGGUUCGAGCAAUGCCUUGGCGGCGUCUGCUCCCAAGGACAACAACACCAUGCCCCCUCCCAAAUCACAUCUUAUGGGCACCACCACACCGCAGUCGUCCUGCUUAGAGAACGCUGGCGCUCUCAACUUCUCCCACUUCUCCAAGCAAGCGAAGGCCGAUUUGGGAUCCUCGAGAUGCCCACAGGGGCACAAGGGAGGUGGGAGCAGCAGCAAGGCAGGCGCCCAGGAGUCCUCGAUGAUGACGGUUGGAUCGAGUACCUGCGGAAGCAAUCAAAUCCAUGCCCACACCGAUCCGAGCAAUAAUUUGAGCCAUGAUGCAGCUGACAUUGUUACAGGGCUUGAGGAGGACACCAGGAUGAGGGUUCUCUCGGAGGGGAUGCAGUCCAAGGCACAUGAAUGCACCUUAACCUCGACGUCAGGUGGCUCUGGCUCCAGUUACGGAAGAACAGGACAGCAGAAUGCGAGUGAUCGGAGCCACAAGCGGAAGGCAAGAGACGACGUAGAUGAUUCCGGGUGUCAGAGCGAGGAAGUUGAGUACGAAUCCAUCGAGGAGAAGAAACCAGCUCAGCGACCGAUAUCCAAACGCAGAAGUCGUGCUGCCGAAGUCCACAACCUCUCGGAGAGGAGAAGAAGAGACAGAAUAAAUGAGAAAAUGAAGGCUCUUCAGGAUCUCAUACCUCACUGCAACAAGACGGAUAAAGCAUCAAUGCUAGAUGAAGCAAUCGAGUACCUGAAAUCACUGCAGCUGCAAGUUCAGAUGAUGUGGAUGGGAAGCGGCAUGGCGUCGAUGAUGUUUCCCGGUGUCCAACAGUAUAUUUCAACCAUGGGAAUGGGGAUGGGGAUGGGGAUGGGUCACGCUUCCGUGCCAGCCAUUCACGGUGCAGUUCAAUUGCCAAGAGUUCCAUUUGUGAACCAAUCUGUAGCCACAGCUUCUGGCACAAACCAGACAUCAUUCUUCCCCUCCCCAGCCAUGAACGCUGUAAAUUUCCCCAACCAGAUGCAGAACAUUCAUCUUCCUGAAUCAUAUGCCCGGUACCUUGGCAUGCCUAUCAUGCCAUCUCAUCAGGCAACGAAUUUUUGUACAUAUGGAUCUCAACCGGUGCAGCAGAAUCAGUCGGCAGGAGCACCUGGCGGCAGUCUCCGACCCGGUGCCGGAGGACCUAAUUGUGCAAGUACUGAGAACAACAGAUCUGGUUGAUGAUGACACUUCCAAGUCUGGAGUCUGCUCUAAUCUUUAACUCAGACAACUUCCGUCAUGGACUUCUCCUUGUUACUUAGUACUGAUGGCCUGUUGAAGCCAGAAUUUGCAGUGUAUAAUACAAAGGAAUGAGAAAAUUUUUCUGGUCUUCGGAUGAUCCAGAAAUUUGAGCUCAUACAAGUUACUUGUUUAUCUUAUUGUGUAAAAGAUCAAUAGAACACUACCUAUUUUUUUGUUUACCAUGAAAUAACCAUCCAUCAUCUGAUUAGGUGAUCUCUGAAAACAGUGAUGCAGACAUUUCCAUUGUACUAUGUAUUUCUAUCAACAUAUUACCUCUUCUCCA